AUUAGGUACCUUAAAAGACUAUUACAAGCGCUCGGGCCACCACAUGAUACGAGUGGCUAAUGGUCAUCACGAUAUGAGAAGGUUCAGACUGCUGUUGAUGCUAUAUAUUAUGUACCUAGAAUAGGUCCUUUGCAACUGCCAUGCACUCUGUAUAUGUGGCUUUUACUCAUUUAUAUGAAAUGUAAACCAAGGAAGUAGCGAAACUGAACAGAGGUUAACAUAUAAGCCUUACAGAGUUGCAAUGGAUUUAUGCACUUCUUAUGGUCGUGUGGGCCUGGGAAACCACGACACCAAGACUGGGAGUGGUGAUUCUACGGAAUAUGAGUAUACCUGUCUAUUCCCACCACAUGACUGUCCUCGCGAUGUCUGCGUAAUCCAUGGAAGACCAUCCGCGGCGCAAAUAUCGAUUAGGAUGGCUGAAAAGGUUAGCCGUUACGACCCGACUAACCCCCGAGAGCUAUGUGAGCCGGGCAGUUGGGCACUACGUUUACGCCAAAAGGAGAUCUUUUCAGUUCCUGAAGAAAGAGGUCCUGGAGAGACACAGAAAGCGACCUCCUCGGCUGAUUUCACAACUUCUCGGACAAACAUGAUGGACAGGGCUAAUGCCGAGAUGGUUCUGCCAGCAACUAUUGGUGGAAGUGACUACUCUGAACCUUGGUAUACCCCUGAAUACUUAUCGAAUUCUUCAGGAUUCCCUCAAGAGACGGAAGAGACGGAACUUCCAAACAGUAACCUUUGGAGGCCGGCGAAGCAAUAUGUGCUUGGAGCGAGUAAGGAAAAUCGGAAGACAAAUAUUCCGGACAAUAACGAUUAUGUCGACCGAGUAUUUGCCAACGAGACUAAGCGUCUCGAGGUAAUGAAUUCCCAUUAUAUGCCUAAUUCCCGAUUUCAAAGCAGUAUGCCUCCUCUCAUGUUCCAAUUUGGCAUCCGUUAUGCUCCAGACCCAUACCCGGCACCUGUCCCAGUAUCACGAACCAUCAUGAUCACCGGAUUUCCUGAAUCUACAACUCUCAGCGAUGUUAUGGCGCGAAUCCGUGGAGGACAAAUACUUUCCAUCACAGAAGCUACGAGUCCCGAUCCCGUUGGACCUACCGUGAUCGUCGAGUUUAAAGAAAACAUUGCGGCUUGGGCGUACGUCCACUACGUAGAAAGGGAGAUGCCGUUUGUAUUUUCUGGCGGUUUUAAGGUCACACUGGUAAGCUCACAUAGCUAUCCUACGAAGCCUGAGUUACAGCGUGACCUGUCCAAUGGAUUUACUCGACUAGUGGUUUUUCUCAAUUUCGCAGAGAACCGCUCCUUUGAAUUCUUUGACGACCUUGAGUCUAUUCUUGGAAACCCAGAGGAUAUCCUAGAAGAUUCAUGGAUCGAAAAGGGAGCCUUGUUUAUCCUCUUCAAGAGUGUGGCCGCCGCCAGUAAAUAUUACAAGACAGUUGUAUGGGACCAGGAAAGACUCGAGCCGGGCUCUUUUGACAGUAACUUACACCGAUUCGCCCCGGAUCCCUGCAACAAGCCGCUAUGUGACCUGCAGCAACCUUUCCGACCGGCAAGAUACCCUCAUGAAAGCUUGCUGGACCAAUGGAUAGAAAGAAAGUCUCAAACAGCUACCUCUACUGUCUAUAGUGAUGAUGUCUAUCAGCCACACGCCCCGACUUGCGACCAUGAAGAGUACGAGGAUAAGGGGAGAGAGGGGGGAGUUUCGAGCCAAGCCGAGAAGAAGCAAGAGACGAUCCAGCCCAUCGUGAACCUACUUGACUCGCCCAUCCACGAAAUCAGCCACGAGAAAUUCCCUGUCAUAACCGAAUCUCCGACAAAAGAACCCCAGGAACGAUACACGCUUAUAGACCUCUCUAUAGACGAAGAUAAAGACGAGAAAAUGAUACCAAAACAUAUACUGCCGCAAAACGACCCAGCCUAUCACGAAUUAUUGCACCGUGAUAGCUCCGAUCUUGUCCGCCUGUCCGAGGCCAACGCCAUCUUCCACGCUCAGCCCUUCCGAACUAUUCCCAAGGCAGAAAUGCGUGCACGAUAUUCCGGCAUAUUUGAGUCCUAGACUAAAAGGAUUAUUAGACGGGUGCGACAUCAAAUUUUCAAGAAGGCGUACCAGUAUCAGAAAUGGAGUUGGGAUGCUUAGCAAGAGUCCCGUUCACAACUUAUGGUUCGGGUUUACUUGCGGGAUAUAUCAGUCCUAUGGGAUAGCUAGCCCGAACUCGUCCUGUUAACUCCUGCGAGAUGGAUGUUUACACGGAGUUUCUGGAAGCCUUUCUAUCUGCUUGCGUUAUUUU